AUGCUAUGCACAUUACACGAUCUUGGACCGAUUCUAGCCAAAUUUCUCAAUGUUAAUACUUAUGAAGACGCACAUUUGGGUCCACUCGAUGAAAAUCCGGAUGUAAAACGAGUAUUCCGUUAUGAACCAACUCAACGCUAUCAACCAAUUCCAAUUAUGACGAGCAGCGAUGUCAUUUCUUCAUUCAUUAAUUUUCAAGCAAUAUUCAAGCGAAACUUAGCAUUUGGUAAUUUUCUUGAUGAGCUUGUCAAGUUUUAUCGAUUACAAUCACGAAAAGAACUAGGCCUCUAUUGUAAAUCAUUUCCAUUCUUGGUGCAACCAACACCGAUGAACACUUCUUCAUUUCCAAUAGUCAAUACAUUGCUACCAGCUAAUGAUGGCAGAUCAACAUUAUCUGUAAGUCUGAAGCAAUUCUGUUCGUAUCUUUCCGAAAUUCUGAUGAAGCAUGAAACAACUCUUACAGUCAAACAGUUUCUGCAACUUGAAAAUCAUCUUUGCACGAAAUAUAAUGUUGAUAGUUUUGGUGCGUUUAAAUUCAAUGAAAAUGAUAUUCAUGAUACUGAUGUCAACUUAGUUUCUUUUCUUGAUACUCAUCAAAAAUUAAUCGAUCCAAAAGGUGAACUGUCCGUUUACGGAUAUAAUGUAGCCAGAACGGAUCGAGAAGAAUUGUUCGAAUUUGUCAACCAAUUGAUCGAAUCGAAUAGUGACAGACAAUCCGUAUCUUCACAAACUUUACAGUUUGAUAUGAAUUCCAACAAUGAAGAUAUUCAAAUUAGUGCUGAUAAUCUACCGAUAUUGGAAAAAGUGAUAAUACAUAAAUUUGGUGGCCUACUUGGUUUUCAAACAGGAGCCAGUAUUCUUAGAAAAGCCAAACAAUUACGUGCAAAAACAGAAUAUUCAAUUAUUCGUUUUGAAGAAUCACUUUUGGAUUUCAAUCAACUGAAUCGAAUUGAUAUAUGUCCACCAAUGCCGAUUGCAGACGAAAAUCAAUUAUGUCAAUUUAUUCUUCAAUGUCCAAUCAUGAUCGAUAUGUACACAUGGUUACAGUGGACUUAUUUCUUUGAACCAAACUAUGGCAAUCUAAAAACAUUUAUUAGAAAGCAUAAAUAUCCAUUACAAAAUCUAUUGUUACUUGAAACAUCAACACAUGAACUUCUUCGAUUGCCUGCUGAUGUUACUCUAAGGAGCUUUGAGGAUGAAUUGCACGCUUUUCAUGUACGCUCAGCUGUUGGUCACUUAUGUGCAUUAAUCACUUGUGAAUACGGUUUAACUGCUCGAGUUCCAUUGAAUGUUUAUCGAACAUCCAUACGUACAUGGUUUAUCCAUCUACAAUCAUCAGCUAUGAUACAAGAUAAUAAUCGAGAACCAAUGAAAUACAUACUCGAAUUUCUAACCUAUCUACCAGUAUUCAUUGGACAAGCACGACUUAUUCAAGAAAUUAUAUUGGGACCACUUGACGACGUAUUCCGAAGAGUUGGAAUAAAUUCAGUUAGUGCACGAACAAGAAUAUGGAGCACAGCAGAUGAACGACAAAGAAAUAAAUUAGAAAUGUGGGGUCAUACACUCGAUAUCAACGAAUGGAAGAAUAACAGUAAAUGGUCUGGAGAAUAUCGUUCGGCCGAAGAUAGAGUGUAUGUUCUUGAACCAUCAUCGGACACUAGAUCAAAUUCAAACGAAACCAUAGUUCAAGACAAUGCUGAUAAGCCAACAACAGUAACAGUUGCACCGCAUGUUACAUCCCAACUCAGUCAGUCAGAUUCGACUUCACUUGAAACUAAGAACAAGGAUGAAAGUCAAUCAGUUCGAGCUGCAUUCGAACAUAUCGAAUCGAUUCGACGUGGUUUUGGUGUUGACAGUGGUCUCGAUGCAAGUGGUCAAUCGAUUGUUAACAAUCUUCAAGGAAUGAUUGAACGAAGCUUACAAAAAUUGUCCAACGAUCUAUAUUCAGAACAGGGUCAUUUCGUCUUGGAACUCAUUCAAAAUGCUGAUGACAAUCAAUAUGCAUCUGAUUGUUUGCCAACACUUCGUUUUGUUCUAUCAGAUAAACGAAUCUUAGUUUGUAACAAUGAAAUUGGUUUUCAACCGAAUAACGUUGAUGCCAUCUGUAACGUGGGUGCAACAACCAAAGGUAAACACAAGCAAGGCUAUGCUGGACAUAAAGGUAUUGGAUUCAAGUCUGUCUUCAUGGUAUCUAAUCGUCCUGAAAUUCAUUCACGUGACUAUCAUUUCUGUUUUGAUACUGCCGAUGGUAAGGAACAAAUAGGAUAUAUUCGUCCGAUUUGGUUAGACAAAUGUGAUGAACUAUUACCGUCUGCUGAAGAAUGGACAACAUGUAUUCGUUUACCAAUCCAACGAGGAAGUCGACUCGAAGAAAAUUUUGAUAACAUUCAAGCAAAACUAUUACUCUUUCUGAAUCGUUUACGACGAAUUGAAAUUGUGGGUCAACUGUCAAGCGCUACGACUAAUGAUCAAAGUCGUAUUUUCACUAGAAUCGAUCAUGCCAAUGGGGAAAUAAUUGAACUACAAGAAACGACAACAAAUGGAACAGUUACCAAAAAUUUAUGGCUUGUCGUCAAGAAAGUGCUUCAAGUACCCGAACAUAUCAAGGAGAAACUACGCGAAGUCAAAUGUGACGUACACUCGACAUCAAUUGCUAUUGCUUAUCCAUUAAAUAAUCUUCAAAACUUAAUUCAACAAUUGCCACCAGCUCAACCUCUCUUCGCCUAUUUACCACUUCGUUCGUAUGGGUUUCGUUUUAUUCUUCAGGCUGAUUUCGAAAUACCUGUUACACGACAAGAAAUUCUUCAUGACAACAUAUGGAAUGAAUGGCUCAAAAAUGAAAUGGUUCAACUUAUUCCUUUGGCAUAUACACACUUUCAAACUCUACCUGAUCUUCUUGCAUCAUUGUUGUCUUCAAUAGAAAUCGGCAGUCAAUUAACAGCUGUUCAAGUUUUAAUCUAUUUUCUUAAGCUUAUUCCUACUCGUAAUGAACUUGAUCCUUACUUUAAUCCAUUUGUUGAUAAGACCAUGAAAUUACUCAUGGGUAUUAUAAAAUUACCCGUGUGUCGAGAAGAUACCAGUGGUCAAUUACAUACUGAAUGGGUUCAACCUUCACAAUGUAUUCUUGUAAAAGAUCCAUUUAUACGAAAGAUUCUUCCUCAAGACUUACUUUUGUCUCAUUUUAAUAUGUAUUACAUACCUGAACAGUUGGCAUCCGAAUGUAAUGAGCGUACUCUAAUUAAAUUAGGUUGUGCUCCGUUACAAUUUUCUUCCAUUAUUCGACUUAUCAAAGGAUUGUACAAACAUCAAGAACAAGAACACUCUACGAAGACAUCCAGUAUUGAGCAAAUUGCUCAAUGGUUACUCUGUAUCGACCUCAUUCUUCAACAACAGCAAGAGGGUGAACAAACACGUGGUGGUCAUAAUGAACGAGUUGAAACAACGUCUAUAACCGAAUUAAAACAAUUGAAAAUUAUUCCAUUAAAUGGUCAUUCUCGAUUAGUAUCGAUCGAUGAAUAUUAUGAACAAGUGAUACUUUUCCCAUUAUCGAAAACAGCACAAUAUAAGAAACCGUUCAAGAUCGUACUCAAUGAUUUACCUACACUCGAUGAGCGAUUACUUCAAUAUAUCGAAGAUAAAUUUCCACGACGAUAUGAAUCAAUUGUAAAUCUACUUAAAAGACUUGGUUUAAUCGAAACACCUAUGAUUAAGGAAAUCUAUCGAUUACACAUGCGACCUAUACUUUUGGAUGUAAAUCGUUGGUCAACUGAAUCUGAUUCUGUUCUUAUUGCUUUUCUCUUAUGUAUUUAUACACAUCUUGAUCAAUUCGAAAAUGAAAUUGAUCAAUUGAAAAAGCAUAUGGUUAUUAAAACACAUAGUGGUCAAUUUGUUCGUCUCGAUACACCAGGUACUAUCAUUCAUUUGGCAUCUACAUAUGGAUGUACAAAAUCACUAGAAUCAUUGAUAUCACCCAAACAUGAAUUCACAUUUAUCUCAGAUGAUUACAUAAAUAACUAUCGUAAUGAAUUAUUUCGUACGAAAGACGAUAUAAAUAACUUUGUUCGAUUUCUUGGGCAACUCAAUAUCAUCGAAUCUCUUCAAACUAACAUAACUGAUACACACUUUAUUAAUGUUGUUCAACUUCAAACAACUCAAUGGGCUUAUUUAAUUCCAGAAUUAAAUGAUAUAAUUCGUCAACCAUUCAUAAUCGAAGAUUGUUGUUGCAAUGAAUUUAACAUACUUGUUGCACCAUCCAAUAAUACUACUGCUGGUAUCGAUUUAUACUCUAAAUUAUUGAUCUAUUUAGAUCGCCAUCAUGCAGCACUUGCUUCGUGCUAUACAGCAUCAAUAAUUUUAGCUGAUCAAGUCAAAUCUGGACGAAGACGACCGGAAAAAAAUAUCCCAUCAACAUUUUGUUUAUCUUUAAGACAACAUGCUUGGAUACCGAUUGAAGGUGGUAAAUUAGCUAAACCAGAUGAUGUCUAUUGUUUAUCUCCGAAAAGUGAAACAUCAUUCUUUCAUCGUUAUGUAUUACAUUUGGAUCAAAGUAAAGUAUCAUUGAACAGUCGAGAGUUUAUGUUGAACAUACUUGGACUUCAAGAACAUGUAUUACCUAUGACCAUGUUUGAGCUAUUCAUGAAAUGGUCGUGUGGUCUUGAUCGGGAUGCAUUAUGGAUGUUAUUGAGUGAUACAAAUCAAUUGGAUAUAAUACAAUGUUCGCUACCAGUAACUUUUCGUCAAUCGUGUUACGACACAAUUCAAAAUAUUCAUCGUAUCUAUUGUUUUCUUAUGACCGACAAUACUACUCUCGAUGCUUUACGCCGUUUUCGAUUGUGGCCAUUAGUAUUUAUACCCCGAAAUAAUAGUAGAGGUGAAUUUUUAUUUGCUCAUCGAGUCUAUUGGCAGGACUCAACAUCGUUAUUGUCGAAACUGGAUAAUGCCACUUUGCCGAAUUCAGAUCGUCGUAUCUCUAUUCAACGAUACUAUAGUAAUGAUGGUAAAUUUAAAAAAUUCUUUGUUGAUACACUACAGAUUAACAUUGAACCUACGAUCGAUGAUUAUCUUUCAUUUUUGAUACAAAUAUCAAAUAUAAAUGAUAUCUGGCGACUUAUUGAAGUGAUCCUACGAUUAGCAUUUCAACAAAAGCGACAGAUAGAAGUUAAAGAUAGAUGUCUACAUUUACCGUUUAUUCCAUGUAUGGGUACGAAGAAUAUGAGAGUCAAAUAUACAGAUCAACCAUUGUAUCCACAUGAUCCUGAUAUUGCUGCUUUCUUAUCAAAUACAUUACCAAUUAUUCAAUUACCGAAUUGGACUCUGUCUUCUGAAUUCAAAAACAAUUUUUGUUUACUCUUCGAAAUUCGAAGUUUAGCAGAUGUUAUUCAAUUACAAGUCCAUGUCACUAAUGAACAAUUAUCCAUAGAUUUAUUCAAUUUCUAUUCUCAUUCCCUUGAACUCAUCCAAAAUUUUCUUGCUUCUAAAUCGUUCAUAUCCGAAGAGCGUUCAAAAUAUUUGGCAUCAAUUUUUGCUCGUAUGCAUUUUUUUCGUGUUGAUCAAAUUCAACUUUCAUAUCACUAUCAAGCUCAUACUUUACGAACCGAAAUGUGUGAUGCUUAUGUUGAUGAACGUGCAGGACGAUUCUAUAUUUUAAAAGUAUUCGAGAAAUCCGAGAUACGUUACAUCGAGACUAUGGUCAAAUAUCUUGUUCAAGAUCGGAUGGCCGUAACCGAACUGACAUCCUUUAUUAUGAAACUAUCACGAAUCUUCCAGAAUGAGGGCGAACAAGGCUUGAUAAAACAUUGUGAUAUGAUCACUACUAAAGAACAUGAAUACAAAUGGAUAUUUCCUAAUGUCUAUGUGACUCCAUCACCACCGUCUAUUGAAGAAAUUUCAGUGAACGACGAACCGAUCGAUAUAACCGAUGAAAUGACUGAAAAAUUGAUGAAUGAGCCGUUGCCCGAACGAAAACCUCGAUCACAAAUAACAAUGGUAAAAGACGAGGAGAAAAAUCCGACUUGUUUUCCUCCUAAAGCAAAUACUACUGAAUCUAUAGAAUUUUCAAAUACAAAAUCUCAUCCAGAAGAACAAAGACAAUCAACGAAUGCAACUAGUGUUGCAAGGCCUAAUCACUCACCAUCGUCUGAUUCAAUAUCAGAAGUAUCAAGAGAACCAGAGAGUAACCAUUUGAUAAAAGAUAAAAAGACCAGAGAAUCGACUCACAAGGAUCGAUCUCAAGUCACAACGAUUGACUGUUCGAAUUCUACUUCGGUUGAAGUAGCCAAAUUUCAACGUAUUCGAAUUUCCACUCUAACUGGCACAAAGUUCUAUAUAUUAUCGUCAUCUUCAAUUACAAUUAAUCCUGCUGAUAACAUUGUUGAUAAUAAUAUCGGUCGUCAAGGUGAAGAACUUGUUUUUAAUUUUCUAAAAUGGAAACAUCCUGAUAAACAAGUCAAAUGGAUGAAUGAACGAAAAGAAUCAGGUGAACCAUACGAUAUUGAAAUUAGAAAAAAUGAUGAUAUUGAAAGAAUCGAAGUAAAAACAACUCGAAUUCCUGAUCAGCAUACAUUUCAAAUAUCGAUCCGUGAAAUUCAAUGUCUACUUGAAAAUCCAAUGAACUAUCAUAUUUAUCGAGUAUACUAUUCCGACAAUCCUGAUUUGACAAAAAUUACCAUACUCAGUCAAGUGAAAUAUCAUUUAGAACAGAAACAACUUGCACUUUGCAUGACCAUUAUGCAACAAGCUGAUGAACAGCUAAAAUAG